AGGGCUCUCAAGUCUCACGCAUUGGGCGUGAGACUCACGCAUUUCAACCCGUUCACACGCUCACACGCCACACCUUGUAUUUCUCACGCAGAGACAUUACGAGGACAACGCCCACCAAGUUGCGGCGCUAUUUUUUUAAACAGUGAAACAGGUAACGUAGAGGAAUCAAGUGAGUUCCCCGAAGGCCCUGACACGCACCUGCUAAUCGAAUAAAAAAAAUAUAGCUACCGAUCAGCCAAUCAGAAAAUAGCAUUGCUGUAUCCGGGUAAGAUUUUUACAGGCUCGUGUGCAACACAGAUCCAGACGCUCGCUGAAGUAGGUAACGUUACGGUUACAGACUUGUCAAGACAAUGACACAGAUUUUCACUAUAUGUUUUUUUUUAUCAAUAUAUUAAUUUAACAUUUUUUAAAAACAGUCUAAGAUAUGUUUUGGUCUGAUGGUUAUUAUGACCCCGACACGCACGCAAUUUUGGCCAUUAUACGUGGUCGGCCGUAGCUUUUGUGCCUAUUAUUAGCCCACUAUUAUUUUUUUAUUGCCAAAGUUACACGUUGAAGAGGAUGCGGGGCUACUCUGACAGUUUUAUAUAAGAGACUUCUAUAAUAGGCCUAUCCAUAAUACUUGUAUGGCAGUAUCCAUAAUAGUUUAAAAAAAAAAAAAAAAUUUCUUUCCUUUUAUUUUUACUGCACCUCAUCCUGGUCCCCAUUUUCAAAACGUUUUGCCUAGGCUAUUUCAUUAUAUUUUAUCCAAUGUAUAAUAUUGAUUAUUGCAUUCGUCUAUUUCAAAGAUGUCAGGGAAGAGGCAAAGGAGCAAUCUUUCAUGCUUUGUUCUAAAAGAUCUGGGCCCGUAUUCAUAAAGAAUCUUAAUGCAAAAAGUAGUUCCUAGUGACAAAAUUCUAAGAAAAUUCUUAGAAAUGUGGGCGUUUACUUUUAAAAUUAAAGAAAAAAAUCCUAGUAAAGAAAAAAUUAAUUCAGAAAGCAUCUUAUCCCUUAAAAGAGGUCUUAAGGUAAAAUUUGUUAUGAGCACAGACGAGGACUUUUAAGAGGCUUAAGAGUUUCUUUAGCAGAGGAGAAAAUGGCAGAAAGAUGAAGAGGCAGAAGAAAUGUGUUGCAGACAAUGGAUGACAAUGAGUUAAUAAGACGGUAUAGAUUAUAUAAUAAUUUAAUAUAAUAUAAUUUAAUAUAUAAAUUAAAGUAAUCACUACAUUACGAUAUUUGGCAACUGGGAACAUGCAACAAUGCAAUAGUGAUGAUUUGGGUCUGUCACAACCUUCUGUAAGCAGAGUGAUCACACAAACAAUUACAGCACUUUCAGAACAUCUUAUUGUGUCACAGUUCAUUUAGUUUCCACUGGAGAUUCCCACCUUGCAGGCUCUAAAAACUGCAUUUAUGAAUAUAGCAGGCUUAUAGGUGAACACAAGCAGGGGGAAUGAACCGUUAAUAGUUUGUCCUAUACGCUCCCAUGUCUGCUUCUUGUCCCUUGCUGUGUCUGAAUUUUCCUUUAAGAAUGGCCUUGUGUUCAUCCACUAACUGGGCUAACAGUAAACACUGUUCCUCUGUCCAGAUUGGCUUUCUCGCUCUUCUUGGCUUUGAUUCCAUGUUUGAUACAUUAAAACCAACACUCAAACCGCCACUUACAUAGGACGGCAAUCACUGUAAUUGGAAAGAGUGGAACAAUUUUUAUCAUUCUAAGCCAAUCAAAUACCUUAUAGGAAAUUAAAAGCAUGGUAAAUAAAAAAAUAGAAUUCAUAUACACACAUAUAAUGUGUGUGUGUGUGUGUGUGUGUGUGUGUGAGAGAGAGAGAGAGAGAGAGCGGUCAAAUAGGAAAAAUUACGCAUGUAAAUUUAAAGUGAGGAUUAGAAUAGACCCUAUACUUAAAAUCACUCUUUUUUUUCCUUCUUGGACAACCAGCCAAUCAGAGUCUUCAAAAGAUUGUGUCAUACAUAGCAACCGGUUCAACCCCGCCUCCUCACUAAGAUAAACGUUUUUGUCUUUUCCUUACUCAGAGUUGCUCUCAGAUCGGUCCCGAAUCGCUUUUAAGCUAAGACUCCUACGUAAAAGUUUUUAAGCUAAAUUAAGAGUUUUCUGAGAGGAUUCUUAGAAUCUUUAUGAAUGCGGGCCCAGCUCCCUAAAAAGGUGGCUAGGUCAGAGGAGGAGGCUGUGGAGAAUACAGUAGGGGAGGGAGUUAGGGUGCCAGUAGAGGAUGGGUGCAUGGAAGAGACUGUGGAGGACCAUAGAGGAAACAGUGGAGAACCCACUGGAAACAGGGAAAAAGAGAGGGUUAUGUAGAGCAGCCACCUGUAGGUGUUCCUUUAAGAAGGAGUGGUCAACCCGAUCGCCAUUCAUCACAAUGGGAACCACCAGCUCUUUUUACUGGUGCUUAGUCUGCAGACAAGAUAACUCCUGUGUCCAUCAAGGUGUGAGGGACAUAAGCAGGGAGGAUUUCUAAAAUAGCUGCAUUAGUGUUAGUGCUUGCUCAUUCAAAUACCUAUGCUGAGAGGGUUUUCUCCAUGGUGGGAUUAAACAAGACCAAAACCAGGAACAGUUUAGCACUUGAUGGAACUGUGAAAAAUGGCUGGCCUGGAACCACAGUGAUUCAAAUGGGAGCCACCAACCCCUGGCCUCAAAACCAGCUACCAACACCUACUAUAAACAGCACUGACCAUUUUUUCUCUCUCUCUCUCUCACACACACACACAAAUAAAUGCUGAAUUAAAUAAAUAUUAUUUUAUUUGUAAGAAUAUGUGUCAUUUAUGAGAUCAGACACCCGUCCCCAUCAAACCCCUGCCGACAUCGCGACCGCGGGCAAAAUCUCACUCUGAACUCAGUUCAAAACUUGAGAGCCCUGCAUAUGUGUCCGGAAGAGAGAGGCUCGUCGAUUUUGGAUGCUCGCCGGUCUGAUCGCUCGCGUGCGUAAAGAAUGGUUUAUCAUCGGUAUAGUGCUCGUCAUCAUGUGCGCCAAGCUCGAGCCGUCCGUGGGAGUGAAAGGAGGUCCUCUCCGGCCAGAGAUCACCAUCACCUAUGUUGCAGUAUCUGUUAUUUUCUUUAACAGUGGCUUGUCUUUGAAAACAGAGGAGCUAGCAAGUGCAUUGAUGCACGUAAAGCUGCAUUUCUUCAUCCAGACAUUCACGCUAGUAUUUUUCCCCGUCGCUAUUUGACUCCUUCUCAAAGUUCUGGCCCUGACAGCGAUCAACGAGUGGCUUCUCAGAGGGUUGCAGACGGCUGCUUGUAUGCCUCCUCCUGUUUCCUCUGCUGUCAUCCUCACUAAAGCUGUAGGAGGAAAUGAGGCUGCAGCCAUUUUCAAUUCUGCAUUUGGGAGUUUUCUGG